GGGGGGUCUAGGCUUUGGGUUCUUGGAAUUUUGGGUAUCGACUGGUAUAAAAGAAUGGAGGUUUCAGAAAAGAGUUUUGGAUUUUCCAAGUGCACAUGCGGUUUUUCUCUUAAUAUAUGUAUUUGUUCAGGCAAAACUUUCUCUUUCAGAAAAGGGGCAGUGACAGUUUUUUUUUUCUUUUGCUGUGUGGUUAGGGUUUUUGGGCACUAUGGGGUUUUGGAAUUUUGAGAGUGAUGACAAGUUGGAAGGAAUGAAAGGAGUCGAAUUUGCGUAUUGAUUUUGGGUUUUGUAGGUGCAGGUAGGAGUUUUUUCUUACCUCUCUGAUUGUUCAUGAAAAAAACUCCUUUUCCUUGCACAUGCUAGAAGAACCGCGGCAAUGAAAAAGAAACAAUUGGGUGGUCACUGGAUUUUCUUUUUGGCUUUCCUUGGUAUUUAAAGAAAAAUUGCAUUCUGCUCUGGAAACACGGAACUUAAGUUACUCUACAUAGUUUUCGGUGUUCUGCGAGUGGCGUCCUAAGAAUAAUUACUGCUCUUGAGUGUUUGUGCAGAUUGAUCAUGAAGCAGGAACGAAGCAGUGGACUCUGAUAGGUUUUGCCUCCAAUUGUUGUUUAGAUUAUUAAAUAAGUUUGUAAAUCUCUUAUCCAUCUCAAAACCAAGGAAGAGGGUAAUGGCUACUUUCUACUCCAGCUCUACCAACCAAAUGGAUGUCAUGCCAACCUUUUAUACAAGGGACCCAGGACAUGCAUCAUAUCCUGAGUCCUCAACUGCAAGCAACAUGAUGUAUCCACGCUAUUCGCCUUCCGUUCCAUAUUCAGGCAAAUUGACGGGCAAUAACCAAUCCCAACAAAACUGCAUUGACCCUCCUGUUCCCGCCUCUAUGAUAUCACAGGACUCAUUUACAGGGGGGGCUGACUUUGCAUCUCAUCUUGGUGAACGCCCUUACAAUGCUCUGAGGGAUGGAAGGAAUGAGGUGUUGUUCAUGCAAACAGUUGGCAGGUCGCUGACUGGAGUCAGUGAUCUGGUUCCCAGUUCAGUUGCUGAUGAUCCCCAUAUGGGUCUUCAUACGCAGUUGGGCAUUUUAAAUGGCCAGAACUUGUCUUUGCGGCAGUCAAAUAUUUCGACUGCACAACGCCAGGCGUUAUCUCUCAGCCUCGGCACACAGAUUCCAGUUCCUCCAUUUCAGUUCCAGCCUGCAAACUCAGACAUCUCGAUAUUAAGUUCUCAUCAGUCAAAUUUGGGAGAUGGCAGGGCAUUUAGAGAUGAUAUCUGUAGAAACAAGCUUAUGCAUUCAAAUGCCUCUCCAUAUGACCUCUCGAGUUUCACAAGCACAAUUCCAAACUCUAGAUAUCUCAAGGUGGCACAGCAGUUGCUUGAUGAAGUUGUUAAUGUCCAGAAGGCUUUGAAACAGAAAACAGGCAGAACUCAAAGUUUGGAUAAUUCUGUUGGUGCUACAGAUAGCAGAGAUAAUGAUGCAGAAUCAAAGGGUGAUGGGAUGUCUUUAAAUCCUCAAGGGUCCAAUGAUCAAUCACCUACUGAACUCUCACCCUCCGAAAGGCAGGACCUACAGAACAAGAUGAUGAAGCUUCUGGCAAUGUUGGAUGAGGUUGACAGGAGACAUAAACAGUAUUACCAUCAGAUGCAAAUAGUAGCGUCAUCUUUUGAUGUAGUUGCAGGGUGUGGGGCUGCUAAACCAUACACUGCACUUGCCCUUGAAACAAUAUCUAGACAAUUUCGCUGUCUGAGGGAUGCUAUUAGUUGUCAGAUUCGAGCUACCAAAAAGAGCCUUGGAGAGAAAGAUAGUUCCAAUAGUAAGGGUGGUGGAAUAUCUCGCUUGAAAUACAUAGAUCAGCAACUUAAGCAACAGAGGGCAAUGCAGCAGCUUGGCAUGGUUCAGCACAAUGCCUGGAGACCACAAAGGGGGCUACCAGAAACCUCUGUUUCAGUAUUACGUGCUUGGUUGUUUGAGCACUUCCUUCAUCCUUACCCGAAGGAUUCUGAGAAGCUAAUGCUAGCAAGACAGACAGGCUUAACAAGGAGCCAGAUCUCAAACUGGUUCAUAAAUGCUCGUGUUCGCCUGUGGAAGCCUAUGAUUGAGGAGAUGUAUAAAGAAGAGAUUGGUGAAACCGAGAUGGAUUCAAACUCCUCCUUGGAGAAUAUACCCAAAAGUAGAGAUGAGACCGGAUCCUCUGAGGAGAGGGAACACUCAAAAAGUCCUGCAACUGAAGGAUGCCACACGAGCCAGCUCAAUGAAUCUUCUAAAUCUAACAUCUCCAGCAUGGAUGCGGGCGGGACAGCUGCUGGGUUUCCAAAUGAGGCAAGUGCCGAUGACACAUUCAUGAACCUCAUGUUGAAGGACCGGCAGCAUGACGGAGGGGACUGCGGCCUCCUCCAUGAUGCUAUAGCCCGAAAAUCCGACGGAAGUGGGAGGCUUGUUGGUUUUCAGAUGGCUAAGUUGGGGAGGUACAGGAAUGGCGGCGUGUCUCUCACAUUGGGUUUGCAGCACUGCGAUGGCUGUCUUCCUGUAUCGAACGGUCAGCAGAGCUUCCUCGGGGUGAGAGGGCAAGAUGUCUACAGUGCUGCUCCUCCUCUUGAGGCUGAUGCCACAGAUUAUGACUGUAUAAAUUCGAUGGACCAGCGCCACAGGUUUGGGCCAUCACCUCUGCUGCAUGAUUUUGUGGCUUGAAUGCUCUUAGAAAGAAGAACUUCUGAUGUGGGAUUAACAUGCCUAAAGAAGCUUGAUGUUACUGUUGCAUUGGUUAGAAACAAUAGCAUUUAAUACAAUGUAAUAUAAAUUAGGUGGGUGGGAUGAAUAGGCUAGCAUGUGAAGAUAGAAGAAGGAACAUGAAAAAUUUUAUUCAUUUUCGUUUUAUUGAAGGUAAGAUAUGAUGUAGUUCUCUCUCUA